AUGGCAUUCCGCUUUCGUAGGGAGGGCCAGUACGUCAAGUCGCGUGUGCAUCUAGACAGAAGCGGCUUCAAACCCUUCAUGAAGGAGCUGAAGUGGGAGAUCUUUGAGUGGCACUACAAACGACACAUGGGCCCUCUGGCUGUCCGGGCUCUUAUGCAGCAUCAGCAAGGUAGCGAAAAACUGCAGUACCUUCAGGACAUAUCUCUAACAGGGGGCAGCAGCAAGUUUUUGUCUCCCGAUUCCUCCCGUUUCUUCUUCGCGACGGCCUUGCCAAUUGUGCGCCCUGUAAAGCGCAGCAGCAACCCCUUCUGCCUCCUCUCCGCCAACAAGACAGGCUUUGUUUACCACAACGAGAACCCUAACUAUCUGAAGAAGGGGCCCUCCACCCUCGUGGGGAUUCCCCGACUCACCAAGAGGAGAACGGGAUAUCCGAAUCCUCACGGCAAGCGCAAAAUCGGAGGCACCGACCCCACGCCCCCCGUUUUCCCCAAAGGCGUCUAG